CUCUAAACAACAUGGAGGGGGACGAAUUCUGUGUGCAAUAACAUGAACUUCUCAUAGACCGUUUAAGUUCUUUUCAUUAUGGAGACUAUAUUUGAAGACGACUUUGAUCUGGACCCUCUUCUCCAGCCAGCCAUGGAGGCAAUGAGCUAUGUGGGCAGUAUUAACAUACUGGACAGGGGAGACUCCCCAGCUCAGCUGGUGCUGGACAAGAAUGCCAGGUCAUUUGCACAGCGUAUGGCUGACGAUACUAAAGAAGAAUUGGAGAAAGUAAUGAAAAGAGUCGACCAUAUCUAUGGCACAUAUGAAUAUGGUGAAGCUUUAAUGGAGGGUGCUGGCAAGAACAACAUGGAAUAUCUCAGUGAUAUUAUGGAACUAGAGGAAUUGCUGAGAGACACUGUGAAGAAAAGAAAGUACCAGCAGCAGGUCACCAUAUUUGUGGUUGGCUACAAGAAUGUGUCUGAUCAAAGACUGAAACUUUUACAACAAGUCAAUGAGUUUUUCAUUGAAAAUUCAUCAACUUUUGAUGAGGAAGAUCUGAGAAAAGGCAGCCCUGAUAUUGACCUUGAUGAAGUAGCUGUAAAGAUUACAGACUCUCUCAACACAGCGGCUGAGCUAACUCAGCGUAUUUCAGAUCUGAACAAGGAAAUGGUAGAAUACCUAACAAAUUAUGCACAAGCAAAAGCCGGAAACAAGGGUAGAAAGAAGCUGGAGAAAGCAUUGAAUAUGGCCAAAGAAGACAUAGUAACCUUAAGUGAGAAACUUAUGGCAGCACAAACAGAUCUUGAAGAGAAAGAGGACAAAAUGCAGCAACUGUUCAAGCAAAUUGAGAUCAAAACAAUGGAAGCCACAAGAUAUAAAACUGCUGCAGAAGUUGCAAAGAGAAAUGCUGCAGGCACUGAGGCUUUACAAGAAGAACUGGGAAAAAAGAAUGCUGAGUUAGAAGAACUGAAAAAACUGGUCAAAGAUAUGGAGUUUGAGGCUGCUCAGAAUGCAUAUGCCAAAGAGAAAUCGGACACAAGGCUUAUGGAAGCUGCUCAGGCAAAUAAGUCUGACCAGAUUCAAGAAGAAAUACAGAAAGCGCAAUUAUCUGCAGAUGCCACAAAGAGAGAGGAGACAGCAGUUGUGCUGGAGUGGAAGAUUUCAAAGCCUGAUCUGCAACAGCUUUAUGAGAAACAAAUCAGUGAUCUAGUCAAAUAUCACCAGGAAGAGAUAGACCAACUGAAGAAGCAACAUGAAGCAGAGAUUAGGAAGCUAACAGCUGAACUAGAAGGUCUAGUAAGGACCAAUACCACUGCCUCAGAAGCAGCAAGGCUAGCUAAGCAGAAGGUAGAACAGCAACAGCAACUGUUAGAACAGCAGAAGCAACAGCUUGAUCAACAAAUAUUGCUGCAUCAACAACAGCAGCAACAAUUUGAACAAGAGAGACAAAAGGAGCAAACCGUGUCAUCUCUCCAACCCCCUGAAAUAGUUACUGAGAAAAGUGAUGACUAUGAGUCGGCACAGUCAGAUGUUGACGCUGAAAGUAAGCUUUCAAGGCAAAGCACACGGCAGAGAUCCUUGUCUGCCAGUCUGCUAGGCAGAACUCGCCCUAAAGAUUCUUUUGUGGAAGUAGUUAAAAGAUCACUCACAGACACUGAACACUACAUGAAUGAACUCAGCCGUAUGCUUUCAAAGGAUUCCUCCAAGGUUAGCAAUAAAUCCAGUGGUGGUAAAAAAUCUGGAGCCAAGAGUCGACAGACUUCUAGGACAGAUACACGUGAAGAAGGCGAGGCUGAGGAAACAUCGCAGAGUCGUGCCAAGUCAACGCUUGAGCCAGUACAGGAGGUGACAGUAGAGUUUGAAGAUGCCCCAGAUCUACGGAAUGAAGAAGCAUGGAGUAAUAUUCCUGUCCAACAGUUACCUGGAAGAUUCCUCCAGUAUAGACAGCUGACUAAGAAAAAACUGGAUGAGAUUGAAGAACAGAUGAGGGUCAAUACUGUGAAAACACAGAAGAAAGUCAACACACUUAAAGCUCAAUUCCAGGAACACAAGAGCAAAUGGGAACAGGAACGCAAUAUCUUAGUGCAGCAAGUUGAUCAAGCUCAGCGGCUACAGACAGAGGCAGAGAAGGAAGCAGAUUCCGCCAUGACACAACUAGAAGACUUCAUAAAUGAACAGGAACAACUGGAAUUACAGGAAACAGAGAAGCAGAAGCUGUCUGCUGAGAAGCCACAGGCUGCAGCUGCCGAGGCUCCCUCAGAACAAGAUCUGCAGGCUCUGCUGCAGCAGACAGAUGAUGCGAAGAUCAGAAAUUCAGCUGCAGCUGGUAGAGUAUCUACCAUGGAUAAUGGCAGUAGGGCAGAGGUGCCUGCCUUGACACCAUUACCACUGCAGGAGGUCAGUAAAGAAACUGAGGAAGAGUCUGUCAAUGAUCAAACCGCACCCCCUGCCAGUGCACAGGAAACCCCCAAGGUGCGAGACAUGAGCUCCAGACUGAGUAUGGAGAAGGCAAAAACAGAUUUAGGAGAACAGUUUACCCCAACACCUCCCAAAUCUCCACGUCCAGAAACUGUCCCUGGUAUCGGACAAGGUAAUGUGUCCCCAGGCAGAAGAAGCAGGCUUAUUUCACGAGAGUCUCACAAGGCCAAAAAUGCCUUGAGUGUAACAAUAUUCCCAGAGAAUGAGGAGACAGCAUCUCAAGGAGGUAUGGAGGAAGAAGGUGCCACAGCUGCAAAGCAUCUUCCUCCUGUCAUGGAGGAGGCCUUGGAGAGUGUCAAAGAGAUGAUGAUUGAAACCAAUCUGGAUGAAGUGCAGCAGAAGCAGCUGAAUGCCCUCAGAAGCUCAUUCAUGUCUCAACAUGAGAAAGAGUUCCAUUUGAAUGAGGAAGAGAGGGACCGCACACUGGCCAUCUUUGGUCUGGCCACCCAAGUCUCCACAGAGGCCAUAUUUCUGGGCUUUGAACCAAGCAGCAUCUUCCAAACAUUUGCCAAACUGGCAGCCAUUCCACUCUCCAAGCUUGGAGGAGAUGUAAACGUGGGUCAGAAGCCUCCUCAGAAGCUCUACGACAAAGCAACAUCCCCUUUCAAGGAGCUGACUGCUGUGAAACAGCUGCAGACAGAUGAAGAAUUAUACAGAGCACAAGAAGAGACCUCAGAACAGCCUUCUCAGGCACCUGCACAAGAGGAGCCCAAACCUGAGGAUCCUGCUUCAACAGUGCCAGAAACUCCUCAUGAUGCCCAGCACUUAUCCGACCAGGCAGCCAAUGAGGAAGUGGAGCUGCCAAAGACCCCUGCCUCGUUGGCCCCCUCACGCAUGCAGUCUGACCUUGUUCCUGCAUCCAUCCACAGCCUCACUGCCUCUGCAGCAGAGGGUGCACAAGGGGGUGUGGACUCGCGUCUUAGCCAGGCUCAUUCCAGGGUGUCCAGUGGGCAGAAGCGUAGUGCCACGCCCAAUGCCACCAGAAAGUCUGUAGAACCUAGCAGACCUGACACCGGGGCAGAUGGUCGCAUGUCCAGUCAGACGUCUUCUCUGAGCCAACACAAGGCUAAGAUAGCCGAGAGGCGGCAGUCCAUUGACCAGAGGCGGAAGAUGUCACAGAGCAUCAUGGUGACUUCCAGACCAGUCAGUGAGCUGGAGGUGGAUGAGGACGGAGAUAUGCCCUUCCCUGAAGAUGUAAAGACCACACUUGAUGUUGGUACCUCCCCCAUGUCCCUCCACACAAAGAGGCACAUGGCUCUGGCAGAUCACCCCAUUGUCAAUGAGUACAUGAAGACUUACAAUGGAAUAGUGAAAUUCAAAGAUGAUGUUGCUCAAGUACUACUGAAUAAAGAGAUGCUUCAGGCUAGCCAAAUGUUAUCUGAAAUAGAAGGGGUUCUGUUUGACCGUGGUGAAAAGGUGAUUCCACAAAUUGAGAAGAUGACAAAGAAUGUCUAUACCUUAUUUGAAGAAAUAACAUCCUUGCUCAGCAGUAUUAUCAUAAAUGACAGGGGCCCUGUGGUGUCAUCUAUUUUGAAUGUGUCCCGUGACCCUACUCGUACAAUGACACGAGAAAGGUCCUCUGAGUCAUUGAGGGGGGCCACCAGGGACAGUCAACGAACAAUAGGAACCAAGAUGACCCCCACCAGUGCCGACUCUGGGAACAGAAGAAUCCAGGAGUUGGAACAACAGUAUGAUCAUCUGCAAAACUUGUUUCAAGAUGAAACAAAGAAGCAUCAGGAUGAAGUGAACCACAACCAGGUAGUUAUGAUGGGAAUGCAGGACACAAUUAAAGAGCUGGAAAAAGAGCUUUCUGGCUUGAGGAAAAGUUUAGCUCAAUCUCCUGGACAGUACUCUACACAGCUUGAACAUCCAGACUCGGCAGUCAUGUUCACAAGGCUGGAUUCAGAUAGAAACUCAAGGGCCAUGAAAUCUGCUGUAAAUGACAGUAAACUCAGUCCAGACUUGUAUAAGGAUGCUGUGGACCAGAUGCAGGCCUAUGUCAGCCUGCCAGCCCAGCGCCUGGCCCACCUGGUCAGGAAGUUUGUACACCACUGCCGUAUGAAGGAAAUUGAAGAGACAGUCAGGCAGAGCAAGAGUCUGAAUAAUGAGGUGUUCCAGGUGCUAGAUAGAAUGGAAACCAUACAAAAUGUGAGAGCCCAGAGGUGGGCAGAGAAGAUGGAUGAGAUGGGCAACACCCGGCUCCAGCUUGCCCAGUUGCUCACAGAAACUCUAGAUGCCAUAGAACAGGAAUCUGGAAUAUUCCUUAUUAAACCACACUAUUCAUACAGGGGGAGACCGUUUGGUCAUGCUGGAUACAAUGGACCCCUGAGUAAACCAUUCAAGAACUACCUAGCUUCCAUUAGGGACAGACAGCACAGUGCCUAUGUGCCAGCUCCUACUCCUGCUUCCAAUUCUAGAAGUGCCACCUAUAGGAGAUAUGGACAGAAUCCCCCUGCAGCUGAUGUUCCAGUAGGUAUUCCUGAGCAACGUGGUCCAGUUACUGAGGGGGAGAUGCUCACAGGGUCAGCUGUCAACUGGGUGGGAGAGGUACCCAGGCCAGUUUGGAGUAUGUCUUCAUCUCAUGUGAAGUCGGCACUUGAGUCAGGCUAUCCAUACCAAACCUCACUGGUCAAUACACCAAGGAUGUUAGACCUGGAUAUCAACAGAAUGCUCAUUGGGCAAAAUCAAAUUAGCACAAAAGUUGACUCUAGUCUCAGUGAUGACAGACUAGUGAAUGCAGCCAACACCAAUCUUCGGUCAUACGUAACUGUUAAUAGGCCGUCCGCUCAGCCAAUUGUCACUAAAGAUAAGAGACCUCGCUCACAUACAGGGUUUGUGGAUGGGUCUGUCCCACCUUCCACACCUAUGGCCAGUGUACCAGGUAGUGCCCAUGACAAGAAAGUAAGGAUAGCAGAGACCAGUGACAUCCCAACAGUACUCCCCAGUAUAUCCCCAUUACCGCCUAUAACACCUAGAGAAAAGAAGACCCCCACACCAAGUGAACAAGCUCAUCAAGAGGAUCUAGCAGGACACCAAGCUCCACUAGAGUUGCCACAGAGUGCUCAAGGUGCCUCUAUCCCACCUACACCAGCUGAUGUAGAGGAGAGGGCAGACUCCCCACCACUAGCUCACGUCACCAAGAUUGUUACCAAAACUCCAUCAGCACAAAGCAAUAGGAACUUUGACCCCGAUAAAGAGGAGGAAGAUUGAACUUGUUUUUUUUUUCUAGAUAUCUUGUGCCAAUUAUAGUUUACUUGUGUCAGGAUAAAUGGCUGUUACCGUCCAACUUCAUCAUGAAGACAUUGUUCUUAGAUUUUUUUAUUGAUCUUUGUGUUAUUGUUCAUAACAGAACAGAGAAUAAAAGAAACCGUCCACUAUUAACUUAUAUUUCACUAAAGUUACAGAUUACAGAGAAUUUAAUCAUAUUUUUAUAUAAAGACUAAUAUGUGAGUCAGUUUAUGAAACUGUGAUAGAAUUUUUUAAUGUGAAUGUAUUGUGACUUUCAAUGAUGCUUAUGUCCAUGUGACACUCACUGUGAUAUAGUGGAGAGAAAGGAGGACUUCUUACACAAACAACCAGAUCACAUGGACCUUUUGCUUAUGCAUUUUAUGUAAUUUAAGUGAGUCACAAAAAGUUAAAAAUAUAUAUAUGUAUAAAUAAAUUUGCUAAUAAAUG